AUGGACUCCAACAUACCAGAACCUUGGGGAAAUGGGCCAGUUGUUACAUGUGGAAAGGAUUUUGUCGGAGGAUGGGAGUAUCUACUCCUAGCUCUAAAGACAAAUGACGAUUACAAUGGCGACGAGGAGCAGCUUUUAUCAAACGCCCGCUCAUUAUAUACCGGCGUGAUUGAGGAUCUUGUAAGAGUACCGAAGAGUCUUCCUGUUAAAAGUAAUGAAGUACCAUUUUUGCCAAAUGCUCUUCAUUGUGCAGACCAGCAGAAUAAAGGCCUUUGCGUUCGUUGUCUUGGCUUGAAAUUAGACAUGGUCCACCAACCAAAGAGCAGCAUCAGGGAAACACUUGCCUCUACUAGCACCGAACUGGGAACAUUAUCGGACCUGAUAAGCUCGUCCUCUCGUUGUCAGCUUUGUCUUCUUUUCCUGGAGUCCAUUACCGAAUAUAACAAUUCACAAGUACUGCCGACCAGGAUCAAUGGUGCAGAGGUAUUGGUGCAAGCCAACCGCGUACUAUUUUGUCAACUCGAAGACACUUUUGAGAUGGGGGUUCGAUGUUUUGGAGAGGAGAUUUCCCGGCUGCAUGUCGUGCUAUACUAUCGUACGGACUCCACAAAAGCAUGGUGCACUGAAAUGCGACACAUGGCUUUAUUCCAUCCUUACAGAGAACCAUUUCCAGGAGAACAACGUCUAUCCAAAGAACUCAGUUACUGUCGCCUACUGGGUAAUUACGCCCAAUCAAAGUUGCUGAAAGACUGGCUUCGUCAAUGUGAGGAACAGCAUGAUGGAGACUGCAGUGAAUCAUGGCAUAGAGGUGUUGAAGAAGCUCAUUCUCUCAGGGUUAUAGAUGUGACAAAAUUUUGCGUUGUCGAGGCUCCUCCUCGAUGUAGAUACUUUGCAUUGAGCUAUGUAUGGGGAACUUCAUGGACAUUUCGUUGCACAACUGAAAUUGCUACCGGAUUGCACAAAGAAAACAGCCUUCGCGAUUUUGACAUCCCGAUAACCAUUCGGGAUGCCAUGAACUUAGUAUCACGAGCCGGGGAGAAAUAUCUCUGGGUAGAUGCUGUGUGUAUCAUUCAAGAUGAUGAGCUUGACAAGUUCGAACAAAUCAAACAGAUGGACCGUAUAUAUUCUAGAGCAACAGCGACGCUCAUAGCCGCUGGAGGUCAUGGCCUGAGCUCAGGAAUUCCCGGAAUGAGGAACGAAAGCCGAGUCAUCUAUCAAGGACCUGUCAAGAUCGAUAAGAAUCUUUAUUUGAAGAAACUUGUGGAACACAGCAAAGACGGGCAAACAGGACAUUCACUCUGGAACACAAGAGCGUGGACGUUUCAAGAGGAAGUGCUUUCCCGACGUACCAUUAUUUUCACCCGCGCUCAAACUUACUGGACUUGCGGGACAUCUAGUUGGAGUGAGGAGAUGAUCCCUAGUUCCAUCGUGGGCCCAGAGGCAUCCGAAAGGUUUCCAAGGGAAUUUUCGAUGGAAGCAUUCAGUCGAUAUGUGACCGAAUACAGCUCGCGGCACCUUACUCUCCAAGAAGACGCUCUGUUUGCUAUCUCAGCAGUGCUUCGGCGUAUAGGCUUCUUGAACAACGUGAGCUUUCACUGGGGCUUGCCACAUUUGCAUUUCGGUAAGGCGCUUUGUUGGCGAGGUACAAAAGUUCGUCGUGAAGCAGCCUGCCAAAUCGUUACAGAAAAAGAACGUAUGCGUUAUGUGCCAUUUCCCUCUUGGUCAUGGCUUGGCUGGGUUGGGCCCAUCACAUUCCUCUCACUUAGAUAUGGCAUGGAUGGGCAAUGGUCGAAGCAGGGAAUUUAUCCAGAGAUAUUAUUUUACAAGCUUGGUGUGGACGGGAGUACGCAAGAGAUUGUACAACAUCCGGAUAGCUUAGUAGCUUCUGAUGUCUCCCAUGAUAUCUUGGAUUCGCAUCCAGAGGAUGGCUUCGAUGCUUUGCGUCGUCAAUGGAGUGGUCCAAGGACUGUUGCAAGAAAGAUCAUAGUUCAGAGUAGUACUCGCAGCAAAUCACAACCACUCACAGAAACCAACCCGGAAAGCACGGCGAUGGACCCAUUCGAAGAUACAGGCCGUAUCGUUUUCUGGACAAGUCACGCACGUAUAACGCGCCGAGCCAUUGACGGUAACGCACAAGGAGAAGACUAUAUUCUUCGUGGCGAGGACGAGGAUGUCACAGGGUUCCCAGAAGGAACGGUCCUGGACGUCAUCGUCGUUUCACGGGAACGCAAGUCCCAAUAUCUGGACCUAUUGAUUAUAGAUUGGAGUGAGACCGAGGAGAAUGUCGCAAUGAGGGUGGGACACUGCAGGGUGUAUGAGGAAGACUGGGUGAAAGUCGAAAGGACUUGGAGAAUGGUGAUUCUGGAGUGA